GGAGCAGGAGGGCGGCACCCGGACUCCGGGACAGGCCCAGCUGAAAACGGCCGGGCGAGGGGUGGGGUGGAGACGCCCGCAACGCCAAAGCUGGGGUCCCGGAAAGCGCGGGGAGGAGGGUAGAAGACAACUUCGCGGAAACUGGGAAAGGCGGCCAGGACCUCCGGGACAUCCCGUACCGCCGGACGCACAGCGCCUCCCGUGCGAACGCGGGACAAAAGGGCGGUCCCGACGCGCGUCCCAGCGGAGCUCCAGGGAUGGUGCCCCCGGCCCUACUGCUGCGCACAGCCCAGCUCAGGACCGCGGGCGGCGCGAACCCAGUGGGGAGGGUGCAAGCGCGAGACAGGGCCUCUGCGCCCGGCCCCCUCCCGUGAGCAUAAAAGCAGCAGCAGGCUGUGGCGCUCCACCUCGCCGUCCACGUGCGCCUUGCCGUCUCUACAUUUCUCGCUUGAGAUCACCAGCCUUACCGCGGCUCGAAAUGGACCCCAACUGCUCCUGCGCCACUGGUGUCUCCUGCGCCUGCGCUGGCUCCUGCAAGUGCAAAGAGUGCAAAUGCACCUCCUGUAAGAAGAGCUGCUGCUCCUGCUGCCCCGUGGGCUGUGCCAAGUGUGCCCAGGGCUGCGUCUGCAAAGGGGCGUCGGAGAAGUGCAGCUGCUGUGCCUGAUGUGGGGACAGCUCUGCUCCCAGAUGUAAAUAGAGCAACCUGCACAACCUGGAGGGUUUUGUUGUUUUUAAUAUAACCCUGAGUCAUUUUCUGCAUUGUUUUUUAUAUUAAAUAUGUGAAUGGCAAUAAAAGAAUUUUGACUU